AUGGAACCGUCGAAGGAGAAACACUCCAAAGUGAUAGAAAUCAAUGCUCCCACCGGUGUGUCCGUCGAGGAUGGAAUGGAUGCACCGGCCGAUUUCGAGACGGCCAUCGCCGCGACCGGGUACGGUCGUUUCAACUACCUGCUGCUGCUGGUGGCGAUGCCCUGCUGCAUGGCGACCGUGUUCGAGACGACCACCAUGUCGUACGUGCUGCCGAGCGCCGAAUGUGACCUAAACCUUUCGCUAGCCGACAAGGGCAUGCUGAAUGCCAUCACCUACACCGGAAUGAUCACAUCCGCCUUCCUCUGGGGCUUCCUGUCCGAUACGUACGGCCGGAAGCGGCUGCUGGUCGUGGGCUUCCUGCUGGACGCCACCUUUAACGUCCUGUGCGCACUCAGCCAGAACAUGGUGGCCAUAAUGGUUUUCAAAUUUAUGGGUGGCUUUGUCAUCUGUGGACCGUUCGCCGUGCUGAUGGCGUAUCUGUCCGAGUUUCACAGCCUGCAGCACCGAUCCCGCGUGAUGAUAGUGCUGGGAGUGUUUUACAGCGCUGCGAACAUGCUGCUGCCCGCGCUGGCCUGGCUGAUCAUACCGCAGUCCUGGAAUCUGGUGCUCGGUGACGGUGUGCUGGAAAUACAUUCGUGGCAGAUUUUCCUGGCCGUCAGUUGCCUGCCGGGUGUGCUGAGCGGCAUCAGCGUGAUGUUUCUCCCCGAGAGUCCCAAGUUUCUCAUGUCCAAGGGGCAGAACGAACGAGCGAUGGCCAUUUUCCGGCGCUUGUACACCAUCAACACCGGGGACCGGCAGGAGUUUCCGAUCAAAGAGCUGGUGGAUGAGUUGCGACAGGGGCCGACCAACGAACCGACGUCCGGUAAACAACCAUCAUCAUCCGCCAAAGCCGCCCCAGCGUCCGGCAGCGGGAUGGGCGAAGGGUUCCGCCAGCUAGGGAUUAUGUUCCGGAAGCCACAUCUGAAGAAUGCCUGCCUGGUGUACGGUAUCCAGUUCGGUAUUCUGCUCGGGCUAAACACAUUCCGGCUCUGGGUGCCGCAGCUAUUCACCAUCAUCGAAGAGUUCGAGCACGAGCAGCACCUACUUCCCGUCGGUGGAACGGCACCGGCGCUAGCCGGGGAGGCAACGCUUUGCGAAAUGUUGGCCUAUAAAGUUAACAAAACCGAGCAGUUGCAGCAACAAUGGCUGGAGCACGACGUCUCGAGAGCACUUCACGGACCCGAUCCGGUCGCCAUGGAACCGCUGGACGAUGUCUUCAAGUGCACCGCGACAACCGAGGGCCGGGUCUAUCUGUACUCAUUAAUCAUUGGAUGCGUCGGCAUCGGAGCGUACGCGGUUACGACCGUCAUGAUUAAUUCCAUCGGCAACCGGAACAUACUGACGUACGGACUGGUGCUGGCCGGAUCCUGCGGUACCGCCCUGUACUGGGCCCGAAGUUCGCUCGUAACGUUGAUCCUAUCGUCUUGCUACAUCACCAUCUGCAGCAUAGCAUCGACGGCGCUGGUCGGUGCCGUUGUCGCCAUGUUCCCCACAUCGAUGAGGACAAUGGUGGUCUCGCUAACGAUGAUGUUUGGCCGGACGGGUUCCAUCAUCGGCAAUGUCGUGUUUCCGUAUCUGAUGGCGCUCGGGUGUUUGCCACCGUUUGUCAUGAUCGGUGCCAUUGUGAUAGCUGUUGCCAUGGUAUCGCGCUUGUUGCCUCGCACGGUGAAAAAACCGCUCCAAUAA